AUGGAACGUUCAAUCACACCACCCUUGGAAGAUAGCACCGUUGCUCAUGAAUUCACAAACUAUGCAAAGAAAUCAAAAAGACAUGGACAUGACAAGGAUGUAGUAGAUGAUAACGAUGUACGACAGGUAGCAGGUUGUGUGCCUAUCGACAUGAAGAACAGACGUGUAUUGCUUAUCUCGAGCAGAAAGAAGAAAAAUGCUUGGGUUCUGCCUAAAGGUGGCUGGGAGCAAGACGAGACACAACAACAUGCUGCUCAGCGGGAGACUUGGGAAGAGGCUGGUAUCAAAGGCAUUAUUGCCAAGCAAUUGGGCAUCUUUGAGGAACGUACAAAGAAGAAUAAGCUUAAAGCACACCAUUGGAUAUUUGAAAUGCAUAUUGACGAAGUUGUCAAGAAAUUUCCCGAAAGAAAGAAGAGAGAGCGUAGAUGGUUUACAUUAGAAGAAGCAUUAAUUGCUACCAGAAAACACCCAUACAUUCAAGAAGCUUUGCUCAAGUCCAGUUUAAAUUCAUCUUCUACAUUGCCGGCAACAGUUCAGAACUCACCUCCUUCGCCUCGUGAAUCGAUUAAUGAUUCGUCUGCGGACGAGAAACAAACUAAAGAGAUUAUUCCCGAAAUCGAGCACAAACCCUUGGUUAGUUCAGAAUGGUCUGUGUUUGUCUAA